AUGGCUACUCAAGUGCAGUGCUAUUUGAAAAAUCUUGCGUAUCCUUUCGGGGGACCUCAAGAUUUGGCGAUGGACAAUACUUGUGGGUUGAAUCAGUUAUAUUCCGACCCUCAACAACAGUUUGAUCAGAAUUUUUUGGUUCCAAGAAACGACAUCAACCAUCAUCAAACAAUGGAUUUUUCUCAUAGUCUUGGCUCCCAGAUUGAGAAACAGAGAGUUGAGACUGAUCGGUUCAUCUGUUUACAGAAUGAGCAGUUGAGACUGGCUUUGCAGCAACAAAGAAAGCAACAAAUCGCUUUAUUUAUCCAGAAAUAUGAACCCAAGAUUCAGCUUUUACUCAAACAAAAGGAUGAAGAAAUAUCGAAGGCCGUAAAUAGAAAAAUAGAGCUUGAAGAUUUCUUGAGAAAAAUGGAGAUUGAGAAUCAGAGGUGGCAUGGGAUGGCUAAAGAAAACGAAGCAGCGAUCCGAUCAUUGAACAACGCAAUCCAACAAAUCAGAGAAAGUGCCUGUUUAUCAGCCAAUGAAAUUGGAGAUGCAGAAUCGUUCUGUAAUGUGAUUGAUCACAACUAUGGUGAAGAAGAACAAAUGAUUUGCAGAAGCUGUAAAAUUCGGAAUUCGUGCGUAAUUAUACUGCCCUGCAGGCAUCUCUGCUCUUGCAAAGAUUGUGAAGUUUUUCUUAAUUCGUGUCCAAUAUGUAAAAUGGUAAAGAAAGCUAGCAUAGAGGCCUUAAUUCCCGAUGGAAUAAACUUGGUCCAGUUUGUUGGUUUUCCAUUCAUCAGUCGCCCAAUUUUCUUCCAUCGAAGUCGCAAGCACCUUAUUCUCAGCAGACCUUUGAAUAUAUCUAUACGUACCGGGGCUUCUCACACUGAGUUCACAGAACAAUCACAAGGAAAGAAGACACUAGACGAUUUUGAGCAUUUCUGGAGAGACCAUAUUUUCUUGAAGUAUAGAGGAGGGUUUUCUGUAUUAAAAGGGUAUGCGAUUCGAGUGUUUUUUAUGCUUUGA